UUCAUAAUUGGUCAGUUCGGGGACGAAGGUCGCGAAACUUCUGGAAAUUAUUACAUAGCACAUAUUUGCAGGAUCCGUUGUUGAAGUGUGUCGUUGGUUGAACUUUUAAUUCGACUUGUGAGCUGUGUGCACUAGGUAAGGAACUCGUGGUUCAGAAGAAGCACUCGGAUAACAAAAGAUUGCUAAUUCAAAAUGGUGAAAGAGACGACUUAUUACGAUGUUCUGGGGGUGAAACCCAGCUGUUCUAAUGAAGAAUUAAAGAAAGCAUAUAGGAAGUUAGCAUUAAAAUACCAUCCUGAUAAGAAUCCCAAUGAGGGAGAAAAGUUCAAGCAGAUUUCACAAGCCUAUGAAGUUUUGUCAAAUCCCGAGAAGCGACGCAUAUAUGACCAAGGAGGAGAGCAGGCAAUCAAGGAGGGUGGAAUGGGAGGAAAUGGUUUCUCAUCACCCAUGGAUAUCUUUGAUAUGUUCUUUGGGCAAGCAUUUGGUGGAGGUGGACGUGGUGGUCCCAGGGGCAGACGAGAAAGACGUGGCAAGGAUGUGAUCCAUCAGCUGAGUGUGUCUUUGGAAGAGUUAUACAAGGGGGCUGUUCGAAAGUUGGCACUGCAGAAGAAUGUUAUCUGUGAUAAAUGUGAAGGUCGAGGUGGUAAGAAGGGUGCAGUUGAGCAGUGUCCAACAUGCAGAGGCACUGGAAUGCAGGUUCAGAUCCAGCAGCUGGGUCCAGGCAUGAUCCAGCAGAUCCAGUCUAUGUGCACAGAAUGCCGUGGGCAGGGAGAGAGGAUCAGCCCUAAGGAUCGCUGCAAGACUUGCCAGGGGAAAAAGACUGUUCGCGAUCGCAAGAUCCUAGAGGUACAUGUGGAUAAAGGUAUGGUGGAUGGGCAGAAGAUUACUUUUGGAGGGGAAGGCGACCAAGAACCGGGUCUUGAACCAGGAGACAUCAUUAUCGUCUUGGAUGAGAAAGAAAAUGAAGUUUAUAAACGAUCUAAUAAUGAUCUAAUUAUGCGGAUGAAUAUUGAGUUGGUUGAGGCGCUCUGUGGUUUCCAGAGGGUAAUAAAGACCCUUGAUGAUAGAGAUCUAGUCAUCACAGCUAUUCCUGGUGAAGUGACCAAACAUGGUGAUGUGAAGUGUAUUAUGAAUGAAGGCAUGCCUCAAUAUAAGAACCCCUUUGAGAAGGGACGUCUCAUUGUUCAGUUUCUUGUGAACUUCCCAUCAAGUUUACCUCCAGAACUGAUUCCUCAGCUAGAGAACUGUCUGCCACCCAGACCCGAGACCAUGAUUCCUGAUGGGGCAGAGGAGUGCCUGCUAGUGGACCUGGACCCAGAGCAGGAAGCUAGGCGACGUGAAUAUAAGAAUGCAUAUGACGAAGACGAGGCAGGUCAUGGGCCCAGUAGGGUACAAUGUGCCACUCACUAGGUGUCUUGCUCCUUCCCUAUACUGAGUGAGAGUUACAGAUGUGGAACAAACAGGAAGUAAAUGAGAGACACAGGUGAAAGAUUGAGGAUAGUACAUGAAACAGGUGAUUGAUAAAUGAAGAUUAACCCAUGAAAUAAGUGAAGAUCAAAUGAGUGGACUAGACAUUAACAGCAUUUCCUUGUCUUUAAUUUUGAAGCAGGUUUAUGAUCUAAUAUAGAAUGAUAGCUGAUAUAACAGUAGAAGUGUGUCUCUCCGCUUGUGGAUAAGAUUAUAAUGAAAUUUAGUUUACCACCAAAAUUUAAUCAUUUUUGAAGUCUUGGAUUGCUGUACAAUUGAUGUCCAUAGUUAUGUUAUUGGAAUUAUGGAUUGUUGUAUUUACUGAAAGGAGAUUGUAAAUGUACAAGCUUUUGUAGAUAUACAGUCCUGCAGCAGAAUGUUCUUUCUCAUACAGUCUUAUAUUAGACAGUUGUUUAUCCCACCCUAUCAGUACCAAAUUAUUAUGUUGUUGUGGUUUAUUGGACUCACUUCUGCAUCUGUAGUGUAUUGACUGAAACCUAAUAGCAAGAGAUUUUGUAUGUAACUGUAGGCAAAGCUCAGGGCAUAGAACUGAUAUUGUCUUAAACCAGAAGUGGAAAUACAAAUUAACCAUUAGAACAUAAAAUACUGUUCGCUCAUUAGAAAGCUGCAUUUAUAUUUAUUGUUAUGUAGCAGAAAACAAGAGAAAAGCUGUUCUGUUCUUCUAAAUUGCUGUAAAAUGAUGGUGACGCUGUUGAAGUAGCAAUAAAAUUAAAAGUGUGUCUCCAUCUGUGGGUGGUUAAGUCUGUGCACAUUUUCUUUAUUGCAUCUGUUUAUUCCAGCGGUAUUCUUGCUUUAAGGGAUCGAUCGUAUCUGUGUAAUGUCUAGACAAUUAUUUAUGCAAUUCCAUGUUGAGGCCUGCAACUUUAGUUCCAGAUAUUGUAUUACUGAAAUGGUGUUCUUUCAGUUGUUGCAGUAAUAUUGUGCAUAGUAGGAUUUAAUAUGUUUGUGUCAUAAUUUAUGUUUAAUGUAAUGUGAUACUUAAUUCCAUGUUGUGGGUCCAACAUUUAAAUAUGAUUAAUACUCAAUGACACAAAGAGACAGUCUCUUGAGUUAACAUUUUCUUUGGCCAGUCAGAUGAAUAACAGAGAAUGCAUUUUGUAUUAUCUGGUAUACAUCUGGGAAAAAAAAAAAGUAUCCAUUUUAAUGCUUAAAUAUAGUGAAAUAAAACAGUUUACUCUUAAGUAUUGUCUGAGGUACUUGAUGUUUUGAUUAGUAUUAGGUUUCCUGGUAGAUUGAACUUUGCCCAUAAAGUUAUAGUGCUUAUGGGUUCAAUGUAAGGUUCACUUGGAACUUGACAUGCUGUUUACUUAAAAACUAAUGUGUUUUAAUUCACACAUAGAUCAGGGGAGAGUAUACUAUAUUUUAUAAGUCUUUUGACACUAAAUUAGCAAGAAGGAACCACAGUGUCAGAGGAUAACCUGCUGUGGAAAUAAUCAUCAGAGACAAAAUAGGCAUCUUACUGCCUGGUGGUCAGAUUUUGAAAGGUUUACAUAUCAGCAAGUUCUGAGGUCACACUGUGCUGUCUGUAGGUAGUAGGCGAUGAACCUGUGGAAGGUGUGAAGGCUAUGCAUUGUGUUUCACCUCUUGAAUAAUUUUAAUUACUAUUCUCUACAUGCACAGGGCCCUCCCCUUUUCUUAUGAUGAAAACAUUUGCAUUUCCUGCUGUUUGUGACAUAAUUUUAUUUUUACCACCAGAGAGAAUUAUAAGCAAUCCAAAAUUGUGUAUAUGUGAGAUAUGUAAAAAGGUAAAGUUGUCCCUGUGCUUAACUAAUUAAGUACUACACCAUGAAG